CGUCGUCACCUCUCUCGCCGUCGAGGAAUCACGGCGGGCGGCGGCGUCGGCGGCGGCGGCCGGGGGUCCUGGCCGCUCACCACCAUGCCCGACCCCACCACAAAACCCCCCUCGCCGCGCCCCCGCCGCCGCCGCAGGCUCUGCGGCCUCUGCCUCGGCACCGCGCUCCUCGCCCUCCUCGUCUCCGCGCUCGUCCACGCCGUCGCCCCGCCGCGGCGCCGGGCCCCCGCCCCCGCGCGCUUCUCCGUCAUCAUAGACGGAGGCAGCACGGGCACCCGGGCACACGUCUUCGUCACGGGGGCCGACGGCCGCCCGGAUCUGGCGCGCUCCGCCGUGAUGCGCGUCUCCCCGGGCCUCUCGUCCUUCGCAGCCGACCCGGCGCGGGCUGGGGAGUCGCUUCGGCCGCUCAUAGAAUUCGCGAGGGAGAAGGUUGGCAGCGCGGGGGGCGCCACUGCGGAGGCGGAGGUGCGGCUGAUGGCCACCGCUGGGCUGCGUCUGCUCGAGGACCGCGCCCGGGAGGCGAUCCUGGCGUCCUGCAGGGACGUGCUCCGGGCCGCUGGAUUCCGGUUCGAGGACGCGUGGGCCAAGGUGAUCCCAGGUUCUGAUGAAGGCAUCUAUGCUUGGGUUGCGGCAAAUUAUGCUCUUGGCAGACUUGGAGGGGAUCCUAACAAAACUGUUGGAAUAAUUGAACUUGGGGGCGCUUCAGCUCAGCUGACCUUUGCUUCUGAUGAAGUACUUCCUCCCGAACUGUCAAAUAAUUUUACUUUUGGUGAAACAACAUACACUCUCUAUACCAACAGCUUUUUAAACUUUGGUCAAAAUGCAGCUCAAGACUCGUUACAUGAAGUACUUAGGUCAAGAGCAUUGGUGGCGUCCUGUGGUGUCAGUGACAUGCCUGUAUGCCUAGAAUCUUCCAAAAAUAGUACACUUGUUGAUCCUUGCGCUCCUAGAGGAUAUUCACACAAUGAAGUAAUGGUGAGGACAAGUGUUGCUUCAAGAUCAACACUAGAGAACCAAUAUGUUGAUAGUGGAAGUGGAAACUUUACAGAAUGCAGAUCCACUUCCCUGCUUUUACUGCAAAAAGGAAAAGAAAAGUGCCAGUAUCAACAAUGCCAACUGGGAUCUACUUUUGUACCUGAGCUGCGUGGAUACUUCCUGGCAACUGAAAAUUUCUAUUUUACUUCAAAGUUCUUUGGACUUAAGAAGUCUUCACCGCUAUCUGAUUUUGCACUUGCUGGAGAACAAUUUUGCAACCAGGAUUUAUCCACCCUUAGAGAAAAGUACCCUAAUAGAUCAGAUGAUGAUUUCUCAUGGUAUUGCUUCUCGUCGGCAUACAUUGUGGCUCUAUUACAUGACAGUCUUGGUGUACCACUGGAUGACAAGAGGAUUGAGUAUUCCAACCAGGUUGGAGACAUUCAUGUUGAAUGGGCCCUAGGAGCUUUCAUCACAUUGAUGCAAAAUACAAGUUCAAAGCCAUCACAUGCUGCUGUAACAUCAACCCAUGGCAAUAGACCAUUGUUUGCUGUCGUGGGAAUAAUUCUUUUAUGUGGAGUUUUUUUUGUGGCAAAAUGGAGGAAGCCCAAGACAAAGAUUAUAUAUGACUUAGAGAAAGGCCGAUACAUCAUAACACGCAUCAUCUGACGCUGACCCUUGUGCAGAUGAAUGAUAUUUAUACGACAGGAAUAGAUGUUGUGUUGUACAACAAUGUACAAGUUCAAUUCUUUGUGUUCUUGAUCUUAGGUAGCAGAGUUGGGUGGGUGGAGCAUGGAAGAUAGCGUAUUUGUGCGUACAGAAGAAUGUGCAGAACAAUUUUUCAUGUGCUAAUUGUAUUCUUUUUAUGAAUAAAUAUAGUAGUUUGCAAUGAGAUCGGUAUUUUUUUCA